AUGCAUUCCUUUCUCACUAUUCUCCUUCUCCUUCUCCUUCUUCUCUUCACCCCUCUUUGUUUCUCCGCAGUGUCUGAGCUGCAUGCUCUCAUGGCCAUGAAGGCCUCUCUGGACCCACAAAACCAGUUCCUGACUUCAUGGACUCCUCUUUCUGAUCCAUGUGGUGAUGAUUUUGAAGGUGUGGCUUGCAAUGAGCAAGGCCUUGUGACCAAUAUCUCUUUACAAGGUAAGGGUCUCUGGGGACAGAUACCCUCAUCUGUGGGUGACUUGAAGAGCCUAACAGGCCUGUACCUCCACUUCAAUGCCUUGAGUGGAAAAAUCCCAAAGGAGAUUGCUGAUUUGGACCAGCUUAGUGACUUGUAUCUGAAUGUGAAUAAUCUCUCUGGAUCAAUUCCUAGGCAGAUUGGUAACAUGCCUAAUCUUCAAGUUCUGCAGCUGUGUUACAACAAGUUGACUGGUGGCAUACCUACAGAGCUGGGACAUAUUAGGAGCCUAACUGUCCUUGCAUUGCAAUCCAAUCAGUUAACGGGAGCGAUUCCUGCGAGUUUGGGGGAGCUGGAGGCAUUAACCAGGUUGGAUUUGAGCUUUAAUAGCUUUUUUGGUCCUAUUCCUGCAAGGUUAGCCGAUGCCCCUAUGAUACAAGUCCUUGACAUCCGAAACAAUAUUCUUUCUGGCAAUGUACCUCCAGCUCUAAGGAGACUUAAUGGUGGAUUCCAAUACGAAAACAACCCCAGGUUAUGUGGUGUUGGGUUUUCUGACUUAAAAGUUUGCAAUGUUAAUGCUCAGAACCCAAACAUGCCACAACCUUUUGAACCUAAUAACCUUUCUGCAAAAGAUCUUCCAAACUCACCUCCUGCAAAAAUUAUCCCCGAGUCAGCUAAUGUACAGUCCAGUUGCAGCCAAUCCCGCUGUUCAGGAUCAUCAAAAUCUUCCCAAGUUGGUAUAGUUCUUGGAGUGAUCGGAGUUGUUGUUGCUUUAACUGGAGCUGGACUCUUCAUGUUCUCAUGGUAUCGACGGAGGAAACAAAAGAUUGGGAAUUCUUUUGACACAUUUGAUAUCAGGCUUAGCACUGAUCAGACAAAGGAGGUUUAUAAAAAGAGCGUGUCUCCUCUUAUCAGUCUGGAGUAUUCAAGUGGAUGGGACCCUUUGGCUAAAGGUAAUGGCGGAUACUCUCAAGAAGUUCUUGAGAGCUUUAUGUUCAGUUUGGAAGAAGUGCAGCGUGCGACUCAGAGCUUUUCGGAACUGAAUCUGCUGCGCAAGAACAAUUUUUGUUCCAUGUUCAAAGGGAUCCUAAGAGAUGGAUCAGUUGUUGCUGUAAACUGCAUUGGCAAGACAAGCUGCAAGUCUGAUGAAGCUGAAUUUUUGAAGGGACUGAAGAUUCUGACCUCCUUAAAACACGAAAAUCUUGUUAGGCUGAGGGGAUUUUGCUGUUCAAAAGGAAGGGGAGAGUGGUUUCUUAUAUAUGACUUCGUCCCAAAUGAAAGUCUGUUACAGUAUCUUGACAUUAAAGUUGGUAGUGGGGAGGUUCUUGAAUGGUCAACCAGAGUAUCUAUAAUCAAUGGCAUUGCUAAAGGUAUUGGAUAUUUGCAUGGAAAUAUAGGCAACAAACCAGCUAUAGUUCACCAGAGUAUAUCAGCUGAGAAGGUGCUUAUAGACUCUCAUUAUAACCCUUUACUCUCAGAUUCAGGUUUGCACAAACUCCUGGCAGAUGAUAUUAUCUACUCGAUGCUCAAACCCAGUGCUGCCAUGGGAUACUUGGCUCCAGAGUACGUGACCACUGGUCGCUUCACUGGAAAGAGUGAUGUCUAUGCCUUUGGUAUGAUAGUAUUUCAAAUCCUCUCGGGGAAGCGCAAAAUCACUCAAGUUACUCGUCAAGGGGCUGAGGCAGGCAAGUUUGAAGAUUUCAUUGACGCGAACCUUGAGGGGAAAUUUUCAGAAUCUGAGGCAACUAAACUAGGAAGAAUUGCUCUUCAUUGCACCCAGGAGUCUCCAAAUCACAGGCCAUCCAUAGAAUAUGUGGUCAACGAACUAAGUGAGUUUAUCUGGACUUGAUGGUCUUUGAAGUUACUGCUUCAAUGACUGGAGCUUUAGAUGAAGCAAUUUUAACUGCUGACUGAUGCUGAAGUUUUGUUCUUCCAACUCUUGUGUCCUUUUCUUGAAGACCAAGUUGUCGUAAACUGGUAAUGCAUGUACUAGUUAUUGUGAUUUAUGGAAGGAUUCAUCCUUUGAUUAUUAGUUCUUGUUGAGCUUAAGCCAUUAGAGAGUUGAAUUAGCAAAACUAAUUAUUUGUAGCCAUUAAUAAAUAACUGGUAGAAGAGCUAGCUUUUGUG